AUGCGUGAGUCCGAAUAUCAGAACGUUCCCUGCAUAUCGCUGAUACAGUACGACAGUGGUGUCAACCAUGGAACAUUCUUGCACAUUGCUCAUGAGGAGGGCUUGAUCCGGAAUACUAGUAUACACGCGGGCAUCCGAGCUCCUGUAGUACGGCCGAAAGGUGAUGUGCGCAACGACCUUCGAUGUGGUUUUGAGAUGGUCAAGGCCCGGGCAAUCGAUCGAUUGGGUAUAGCUGGAAUUAUCGACAAGCUCAAAUCUCGCGUCGCUGGAACGAAGGUCUACAUCAGUGUCGACAUAGACAUGGUCUCGAAGGACUAG